AUGCCUUUGCUCGACUUGAAUGAUCCACUGGACGAGAGGCUUAGUGAGGAGUUCUCUUCGGGUGGCGUGAGCUCGGACUGCCAACGGGGUCAUGAGGGGGAUGGCGGAGGUGAUGAUCGGAGCAAGAGAGAGGUGGUGAUAGGUCUGCCGCAGCAGCUGCAGAAGCAGACGACGGAGAAGAAGAGACGGAGUGAAGUUGACAAGGAACCCUUGGUGGUCAAAGGCCAGUGGACGCUUGAAGAAGACAGGCUCUUAACAAGAUUGGUUGAUAUGCGUGGUCCGAAAAAGUGGUGUCAGAUUGCUCGGAUGCUGGAGGGCAGAGCUGGAAAACAGUGCAGGGGGAGAUGGCAUAACCAUUUGAGGCCCGAUAUCAAGAAGGACUCAUGGAGCAUCAAAGAAGACAAGAUCCUGAUUCAGGCACACAAGCAGAUUGGGAACAAAUGGGCCGAGAUAGCCAAGAUAUUGCCUGGAAGGACUGAGAAUACAAUUAAAAAUCACUGGAAUGCCACCAAGCGCAGGCAAUUCUCUAGGCGCAAGUUGCUUCCGCGCAACAACUCCAACCUUUUGGAAAACUACAUAAGAGUGCCACUACUGCAUCUCCUCCAAAUCAACCGGCAUCGGCUUGUAGUUGCGACCCCAAGAUUGAGAAGCGAUCGUUGUCCUUGUCGACAGGCGCUAUUUCCUAUGGCUCAGACAUGCAGCCUGAAGCGACCAACUGCCCCCAGCAGGUGCCGGAUCGCCACAACCUCCAGUCACCUCUGCCAGCUCAGAGGCCAACCAGCAGUUACUUCGGUUUCCAAUGGUCGAUGGGAACUGGAAUCUUGGGCUUUAUCAGGUGAAGGACCAUCAUUAUCAUCAAAUGCUGAGUGA